GUGUGUGUGUGUGAGUAUGUGUGUGUGUGUAUGUACAUAAAACAGCUUUCAGAGUUUAUCAUGAUCUAGGAUAUGGUUGAAUGAUCCUAUGCUUGUUGCCAUGGUAAUUUGAUUGACGCUUGGCCGCGUGAGUGAUGUGAACGACACAGCGGAUCUAUAAACAGGAGCACGGAUCACUUUUUCUCAAAUGACUGCAGUGCUAAUCAUUGGCUUUGGCUUGACCUCAGAUUGAUAUGCUGUCAGUGGGAAUUGCAUAUGUGUGUAGGUGUGUGUGUGUGUGUGUGUGUGUGUGUGUGUGUGUGUGUGUGUCCCAUUUUCUGGAUGGUGAGAGAUCAUUUGGAUUGAUGAUAAUGGCGGUCUGACCUCUGAACGGAACAUGUAGAGCUGUAGCAGAAAGCCACUGCGCACACACACACACACACACACACACACACACACACACAGCUGUAUCUGAAGGAGGCCAGGAUUAUAAAAUGUGUGUGUGUAUGGGUGUGUGUGUGUGUGUGUGUGUGUGUGUGUGUGUGUAUGGGUGUGUGUGUGCGUGCACAUGUGUACAGCUUUUGUGACGUUGAGCAAUGUGUGCAUUCCUUAAGUGCAGAGUCACUAAGAUCUCCAUUACAAACACAUGUCUUAGGGUGCGUGUUUGUGUGUUUGUGUGAGUUUGUGUGCGCGUGUGUGUAUGUGCGUGUGUGUAUGUGCGUGUGUAUGUGCGUGUGUAUGUGUGUGUGCGUGUAUGUGUAUGUGUGUGUGUGCGCGUGUGUGUAUAUGUGUGUGUGUGCACGUCCGUGUGUGUGUGUGCACAUGCGUGUGUGUAUGUGCGUGUGCGUAUGUGCAUGUAUGUGUGUGCGUGUGUGUGUGUGUGCGUGCACAUGCGUGUGUGUAUGUGCAUGUGUGUGUGUGUGUGUACGCGUCCGUGUGUGCGCGUCUGCGUGUGUGAGAGUGUACGUUUACGUGUAUGUGCGUGUAUGUGUGUGUGCGUGAGCUACGUGAAUAAAUAAAUUUGACGCCUUAAAUAAGAUUCAAACUGUUGUGUGUUAGAGAGGAAACUUUUGUUUGAUUUCUUUCUUUAUUCCUUUCCUUAAUUAAUUCUUUUUGAUCAUAGAAUUUUUAUUGGAAAUUUGCAUUUUACAUAUUAUAACACCCCACCCAACAACCCCAACAAAACAAUCACAGCCAAAACCAAAAGAAAGGGGGAAACAGAAAACAAUAACAAACAAACAACCAGAAAUAAAAACAAACAAAACAAAAAAAAAGGUAAGAUGAUUAGUAUUUCCCGUCUACCUCUCCUCCUCAAUCCACCUCCAGGGUGCGUACAUCAUUGAAGUAGGUAAUAAAUUGUUGCCAUUUUCCCAAAAAUGAGUCACCUCUGCCUCUGUUUUAAGUUUUAAAAAGAACAUUAAAUCUUUAAGCCAGACUGAUAUAGAGGGGGUUGUGGAGAGGUCCAAGACAGCAAUAUCCUUAAUUAAUUCUAAGAUACUCUUUUUAUAACCAAUCAUGUUACUGACCCGUCGCCAAUUAACCUCCGGCUGUUUCUCUUCAGUAACACUUUUCCAUCCUUUUGCUGACCCGUCCCAACUUUUUUUGACACGUGUUGCGGCCAUCGAAUUAAAAAUUAUCGUAUUUUUCUCUUAAAGUGGUACAUUUCCUCAGUUUAAACAUUUGAUACGUUUUUCUAUGUUCUAUCGUGAAAAACAUAUACGUUUAUGAGAUUUGCAAAUCAUUGCAUUUUGUUUUUAUUUACAUUUUACACAGCGUCCCAACUUUUUUGGAAUUAGGGUUGUAGAAAUGAAGUCGCAUUACCGGCACUAAGUAGUAACAUACUCUAUUCUACAGUAAUGUAUUCUGUAAGAUGGUGAACAGCACUUCUAAUACUGAACGAACUAGUCACCAAGUGUUAGUCUUUCCAUCCAUGCAUCCGUAUUCUGUACCGCUUUCCUAUACAGGGUCGCGGGAGCCUGGAGUCUAUCCCGGGGAACUUGGGGCACGAGGCGGGGGACACCCUGGACGGAGUGCCAAUUCAUCGCAGAGCACACAUCUCACACACACACACUCACACACCCAUUCACACACUAUGAACAAUCAGCCAAUCAGCCUACAGCCUAUUAUCCCCUGACUCAGUCAUGUUUCUGUUUUUCAAUUUUAAUAAAGAGUUAAGAGGUUUUUUGGGUUGUUCCUGCCCAGUUCAAGUUUUUCCAUAGCAAAACAAACAAACAAAAAAACCAUAGGAAACUCGAUAUUUGGCUGAAUCAAGCAAACAAGUGGAAGGAUGCAUGUUCGAGACAGGAUAUGGUUUCUGGAUAUAUGUGUGUAGAGUAAUGUUACCCGAGGACAUCUGUAGCAGUUAUGAUCGAUUCAUGCAGGGAGGUAUGUGCGAUUAGCAGCUACGCAGGUGGGAUCACGAGCUCCAAAGCGCAGGAACCUGUUCUUCACCCACACUGACUCCAGCCCAGAAGGUGUGAAGAUGAGGAAGUUCGCAUACUGCAAAGUGGUACUGGCUACAUCUCUGGUUUGGGUGAUGCUGGAUAUGUUCAUCCUUCUCUACUUCAGCGAGUGCAACAAGUGUGAUGACAAGAAAGAGAGGGGACUCCCAGGGAGAGAAGAGGUGGUCCCGAGGCCUCAUGAAGGUCCAGGUGAAAUGGGGAAGCCGGUGGUGAUUCCCAAAGAGCAGCAGGAGAAGAUGAAGGAGAUGUUUAAGAUCAACCAGUUCAACCUGAUGGCCAGCGAGAUGAUCGCACUAAACCGUUCACUGCCUGAUGUUCGGCUUGAAGGAUGUAAAACGAAGGUGUAUCCAGAUGACCUGCCGCGCACCAGCGUGGUCAUCGUGUUCCACAACGAGGCGUGGACGACGUUACUGCGCACUGUGCACAGUGUCAUCAACAGAUCCCCCAGACACCUGCUGGAGGAGGUGGUGCUGGUGGAUGACGCCAGUGAGAGAGACUUCCUGAAGAGGCAUUUGGAGCAGUAUGUGCGGACGCUGGAGGUGCCGGUGCGGAUUGUGCGGAUGGAGCAGCGCUCCGGUCUGAUUCGUGCUCGCCUAAAGGGGGCAUCACUGUCCACCGGUCAGGUCAUCACCUUCCUGGACGCUCACUGCGAGUGCACCAUGGGCUGGCUGGAGCCGCUGCUCGCUCGCAUCAAGCAAGACAAGCGAACGGUGGUGUGCCCAAUCAUCGACGUGAUCAGCGACGAUACGUUCGAGUACAUGGCGGGCUCGGACAUGACGUACGGAGGUUUCAACUGGAAACUGAACUUCCGCUGGUACCCAGUUCCUCAGAGGGAGAUGGACCGCAGAAAAGGAGACAGAACACUGCCUGUCAGGACUCCUACCAUGGCAGGUGGACUGUUCUCUAUAGACAGAGAUUACUUUGCGGAGAUUGGAACGUACGACGCCGGCAUGGACAUCUGGGGAGGAGAGAACCUGGAGAUCUCCUUCAGGAUCUGGCAGUGUGGAGGGACACUGGAGAUCGUGACGUGUUCUCACGUGGGACAUGUUUUCCGUAAGGCCACACCGUACACGUUCCCCGGUGGCACGGGUCAGAUCAUCAACAAGAACAACAGACGCCUGGCCGAGGUGUGGAUGGAUGAGUUUAAAAAUUUCUUCUACAUCAUUUCACCUGGAGUGACGAAGGUUGACUAUGGGGACAUCUCAUCCAGAACCGCCUUGAGACAGAAGCUGCAGUGUAAGCCGUUCUCCUGGUACCUGGAGAGCAUCUAUCCCGACUCUCAAAUCCCACGCCACUACUACUCCCUGGGAGAGAUCCGUAACGUGGAGACUAACCAGUGUCUGGACAACAUGGCACGGAAAGAGAAUGAAAAAGUGGGCAUCUUCAACUGUCACGGCAUGGGAGGCAACCAGGUUUUCUCGUACACAGCCAAUAAGGAGAUCCGAACGGACGACCUGUGUCUAGACGUGUCCAAACUGAACGGGCCUGUAAUGAUGCUCAAGUGCCAUCAUCUGAAAGGCAACCAGCUGUGGGAGUACGAUCCUCUGAAGCUGACCCUGGUGCACGUGAACAGUAAUCAGUGUCUGGAUAAAGCGUCGGAGGACGACAGCCAGGUGCCCAGCGUCAGAGACUGCAGCGGCAGCCGCUCACAGCAGUGGCUCCUACGCAACGUCACACUGCCCGAAAUCUUCUGAGCACACAGCGCAUGCACAUGAGGACGUACGGAGAGAGACGGACUGACACACUCUUCACACCAGCUCUGGUGGAGAAAGAAGAAAAGGAGCGCGAGCGAGGGAGGGAGGGAGGAAGCUGGAUGAUCUCUCUACACUUUCCUUUCACUUCCUAAUGGUGUGGUCUUGAGGCAGAGCCAAAAUUACAGACAUAUACGUGUACAUGAAUCUCCCCAUCACUCCACUUUACUGACACCCACAACGAGAUGGAGAGCGAGAAGAAGAAGAAGAGACUGUAUUUUACACAGAGAAACUUAGGAUCAGUGGCCUUGUCUUCCUUUAAGGAGCAGAGGGUGAUUAGGUGAUGUUUACCAGUUGCCUCCUUUUUAGAAUAUCAGAAUAUUGUGUGCAUGUGCACGUGUGUGCGUGUGCGUGUGUGUGUGUGUGCGUGUGUGCGUGUGCGUGUGUUGCUGAGACAGAAAGACUAUGUGGCAACACUGUGGCUUUUAAUUUAAUUCUUUCACAAGUUUAACGAGCAUUGAACACAUAUCAGUAGCUGCUUUCAUGAUCUCUUCUCUGAUUGGUCAGCAUAGGAGCCAUGGGUUUCAUCUAUCAGUAUAAUAAUAAUAAUAAUAAUAAUAAUAAUUAUAGUAGUAGUAGUAAUAAAAACCCCAAAGAGAAAAAUGAAUGAAAAUGUUAGAUUAGUAAACAAUGAACAGGGUGACUGUCUUAACCAAGAAUUAUGUAGACUCGUUUGUGUCUUUUAUUAUUUAUUUGUUUUUAAACGAAGGCCCCAAAGUCAUUCCUUGAACUUUGACUAAGUAUAUUGGCUUUAGUUGCAGUUUGUAAGGUGUCUAGUGCUAAAACUCAGAUUUGCCCAGAAGCGGGCUGACCCUGAACUUUUGCCUUCCUCUGCAUUGGUUAGUAGGAGAUAUUUUACGCAUAAGCACAGGGAUUUCAUUAACGAACGAGGGCGUCGUUAUUCUGUCCUCGAAUCAUGUAUCAUUUAUAAAUUCAAGGGCUUAGCCUUUCUGUUUGUGUGUGUGUGUAUAUGUGUGUGUGUUUGUGUGUGCACAAUAUUGUCUUUUUCUGUUUUCGAAAUUGUUACUGUUUUAUGUCCAUGUAGAUCCUGUAUUUAAAUUUAUUCCCACACACACACACACACACACACACACACACACACACACACACACACACACACACAGAAUCACUGCAUUUGUUUAAACCUGUGCAAAGGCCAAAAGAGAUUCAGCUAACAUAUGAAUUAUUUUACAUUUCAUUCACUUAUUCAUGCAUUUAAUUGACUUUUUAUAUUGCUUUGUAAAAUCAUGUGUUACGUUAAUGUAUUGUGUCUGUACUUUGUUCUCAUAUCAAUGGAGGCUGCAAAAAGAUAAAAGAGAAUGCUGCUUAGCACUGACUGUGGAUGUGAAUCACAACAACGUGUCUCACCCUCUGGAAUCCGGAUAAAGGACAAGCGGAACGUUUUCGCAGAAAUACAGACUCACAGUGGCAUGAUGGAAAGUAAUGAGCGCAAAAAGAUACUCUUGUCUCUAUGUGUGUGUGUGUGUGUGUGUAUAGGUCAGAGAGGGACAUCAGAGAGAUCUACCCAUCAUCCCUCUCCUUCGGUCCCUCGUGGACAACUAGAGUUUACACACUUUUAUUUGCCCUCCGUCUGAUGUGAACGGGUGUCAUCUCUACAGAGGGGUGUGUGCAUGUGCGUGUGCGCACGUGUGUGCGUGCGUGCGUAGGAGAGCAGCAUGCAUGUGUGUUAGUGUUUCUAACUGUCAGAGGGGUUUUUUUUGUUUGUUUGUUUGUUUCCCAUUUUUCUUUAAAAGCUGAAUGAUGGUGUGGUGUGAUGAUUGACAGGUGACAGCACACAGAGCUUGAUCCACAGGCUGGAGAAAUAAACAGAGAAAGUUUACAGUCCAGCAGA